CGCGCACAAAGGCACACGCGCGCACGCGCGCGCACUUGAGCGCAUGCGCACGGCAUUGCUCGUCUCUUCCGUUGGGCCUUGGAGCUUAUCCUUGCUUGAAUGGAUCGGUCGCCGGCGACUCGCGCCGCCAUCGACCGGUAGAGAGCAGUCAACGUACCGCUUGGAGUGUCACGCCGAAGUCUAAAAGCAAAGAUUCCUCUUUGGGCACUUGAGAAAAGAUUUGUCCGCGGUCGGGUUGGAGUCUCGGCGGCUCCUCGAGGCGUCGGUGAGGGGAGGGGCCUUGCCGGCUCUCUUUUCCACUUAGUGUCUUCAUGUUUUGGGGGUCCUUCAGUGCCCCUGCCCUCUGUCAGUCCCCCCGCUCCCGCCGCCACCACGGCCGGCCACCCCAGCCGCUUCGUUGCCAUGCCAACAGAGACCCUGUCUCCAGCUCUGCCAGAUAGCAAAGCCGCUGGCGCCGCGACACCUUUCGGCUCCACCGUCCCCCUCCGAAUCCUGAACAAGGGCCCGGACUACUUCCGGAGACAGGUUGAACCCAACCCGAAGCGGCUCAGCGCCGUCGAGAGACUCGAAGCCGACAAAGCAAAGUAUGUGAAGAGCCAAGAGGUGAUCAACGCAAAACAGGAACCAAUCAAACCCCCCGUUCUGGCCAAGCCCGCGACCGUUCACAGCCUUCAAUCCAAGAGGACCUCCGGCGGAGUCCCUUUCAAAGCUUCCAAUAACAACGCCAAGUCGGACACCUGCGCGCCGAGUAGCGCCGGCAGCAAACGGGAGAAUUUAAACCUGGAGAUCCUCAAAAAUCUCCUCAACUCGUCGUCGUCUUCGGGCACGGGCUCCGAAGGACUUGGAGGCGGAGCCAAGAGUGCUGCCUGGAUGAGGUCAUCUGGGGGACUGACCAGGAGUUGGACGCCUUCCAGUUUCCUGCCGCCUCCCGCCCUCUCGCUGUCGCUGCCGCCCCCUCGGCCCAGCCUCUCGCCGUCACCUGCCAGCAAGGCGAGCCCUCAGCCGCCGGCGCGGGAGAUUGGCGACGCCGCCGUCGCCAAUCCGCCGACGGAUCCCGGCCUGGAGCCGGAGCCGACUUGGUCCGUCGCGCGCCGCUCCUCUCUGCACAGGUCAAAGUCAGACCUGUCGGACAGGUACGCCCGAGCCGGAGCUGACGUGGAGCGUUUUUUUAACUAUUGCGGCCUCGACCCCGAGGAGCUGGAGGCGGUCGGCCCCGAGAACUUUGCUCGGGCCAAUUCGGACAUCGUAAGCCUGAACUUCAGAUCGGCCUCCAUGAUUUCCUCGGACUGCGACCGGUCCCGGCGCUCCUCCAACGACGGCCUGUCGGACGGCGACGAGGGAGAAGACGAGGAGGACGAGGCCGGCCAGCGAGUCCCUUACGGCAUCUCCGCCGUGGAGCGCAACGCACGAGUCAUUAAAUGGCUGUACAGCAUCAAACAGGCGAGAGAGACGCAAAAGGUGUCGCACGUCUAGGUUCUGCCUCUCGUCUCCCGAUGGGACGGACCGAGGCAAAGGCUGUUGGGAAAGCCAAGCCAAAUUACAGAGGCGGGACACGGAUGAACAUGAAGCGGCUCGUCGGGAAGUCCUUGGGGACGCUGAUGGAAAACGCCUCCGGCCGCACCUGAUCAAAGGACCGGCCUUCGAUUCCCGUCUCAUUCAGUGAAAUGAAGUUCACGCGGCCUUUGCGCGCUAACGGCGCUCUUGCCGCCUCAGCUGUUCAAAUUGGUCAAGUGACGUGCAUUGUUUUUACACGGUGGCCCAAACGAGUCUCCGCAAAACCGGGAGGGAACCGUCAUGGCUACUUGAGAGAUUUGACGUUCACACCAAAGGCGCCGCAUUUCCUCAAACGCUCGUCAUUGACGCUCGAAGGCCUCUCUUUUUUUCCUCCCUCUGAGAAAACGACAACACAAUAUGGCUGUCGUUCCGAGUGACCGGACGUGCCAUCACCGUCCUGCGAAAGACGCGUGUCCGCUUUUGCCCAUUUCAAAGGGUUGAUGCCAACGAGGACAGCGGCAAUUUAACCUUGCGAUGUGGGCUUGGGCUGCAUAGUUUGACACCGCACUUUCGUCUGUUCUGGCAGGUACCGUAUUGGCCCAAAUAUAAGACGGUGUUUUUUGCAUUGAAAUAAGACUGAAAAAGUGGGGGUCGUCUUAUAUUUGGGGUCUCGACAUUAUAC